AUGUCAUCACUCAAACGAUUAAAAACAGAGAAUGGUGCAAAGCCAUCCAAAGAAGAAGAGGAUAAAGAUGAUCAUUCAAAGAAGAUAGUGUCAGACAAUGCUGAGAAGGAGAAAGAGGAGGAGAAGGAAGUUGAAGCACCAACAAAGGAAGAAAAGAUCAAGUAUAAGGAGUUAAAGAAGAAGGAUAAGAAGUCUUGGACAAAGGAGGAUAAGACAUAUUUGAAGAUGAUCAAACAGAAGGAUAAGGCAUACAAGAAGGCAAUGAGCAAGAAGAGAGAGACAAAUAAGAAGGCCGCUGCGCCAAAGAAGCCAACACUUCAAGAGCAGCUGGAUGAGGAGAUCAAGAAGCAGAACAUAUUGUUGGGCAUUCGCAACAACCAGCCCAGGCCACCAGUCCAGCGACCGCCACCCAAGAUAUUCGUAGAGGAGAAGCCAAAGAAGGCCUUGGAGGAUAUGACUUUGGAGGAGCAACUGGCCGCUGAGCUGGAGCUGCAGGCCAAGCUCAAGUCCACAUUGAUAGACAUUGCAAGUGGAGAGGUGCAAGACGUCAGCAACAAUGGCAAAGACGAAAGGAUACAUUGGAGGCUGGUCAAUCCUUUUAUGGCCGAUGGCGGUAUCAGUUUCAUCAAAGAGAUCCAAGUGGUCACCGAUAUCAACACGAAUACGAGACGACAAAACAGACUGCCAACGAUGUACCUGUACGAGCAGAGGCUGGACGAGAUCCCGCACAUGAUACACACAUACUUCAAGGCCGCCGGUGUGCUGUUGGUGGCCAAGCACAAGGGUCAGCUCAAGGUGCUGCUGGGCGCCGAGGACAGGAGCGGCAAGCCAAAAGAUAGGGGCGACAAAGCUAUUGAUGGUGGCCUUUUCCUGCCGUUUGGCGGCAAGUGGGAGACGCAUGAGUUGAUGGCCGAGCAGACAGCGAUCCGCGAGUUCAACGAGGAGACGGCAUUCAUCUUUGCCGACCGUCUCGAGGAGUUCAAGGAGCAGAUGUUGGCGCCAGCCACCCUCAAGCUCUGGUACCCUGGCUCCAAGUACAUAUUGUACGUGCUCGAGAUCACGUAUGAUGCCGAGCUGCCCAAGGUGUUUGACAGCGUGGACAGAUCAAAGAUAGCCAACAACGACCAGCUCUACCUCGAGUGGAUCAACCUCGAGUCAGUGCUCCUCGCGGAAUAUGGUGUGUUCAAGAGAGACAAUGGAGAGAAGGGCGCGCUGCCCAGGUUCUUUAAGGAUAUGAUACGUCUGCUGCACGCCAGUACUCAUGAUGUGUAUCCCGACCUGAUAUCGGCGCCGUCGUUACUACAACCUGUGAUCAAGAAACAUGUGGAACAACCAGUCACUCAAUCCUUGCAAGAUAGGGUGCGUCAGACUGUGUUGGAUUCCGAGUCAGCUGGAGCAGAUGGAUCAAACAACGAAGACGAUGAUGAUGAUGAUAAUGAUGAUGAUUCAAACGACAAAGAUACACCAAUCACAAAGAACAUCGAUAAGAAGAAUGUAAAGAAAGAGUCAAGCAAAGACAAGGCGGCCACAACAAAGUCACGCGAUGAGGAGAUGAAGAAGAAGAAGAAGAAGAAGAGCAAGAAGGAUGAGUCCAGCGAGGAUGAGGAUGAAUUGGAGAUGAAGCCAGCUCAAAAGAAGAAGGUGGUCGUCGUUCAGGAGGAGCCAAGCAGCGAGGAUGAUGCACCUGAGAAGAAGAAGUCCACAUCCACAACACCAACCAAGAACAAGAGCAAGAAGGAGGACACAUCCAGCAAGAGCAAGAGCAAAAAGGACGAUUCAAGCAUCGAUAAAGAGGAGGAGACACCAAAGAAGAAGAAGUCAUCAACUACAUCCACCACCGCCACAACAACAACAACAACAAAUAACAAGGUCAAGAAGGAUAAGAAAGAUGGGACUACAUCCAGCAAGAGUAAGAGCAAGAGCAAGAAGAAGGAGUCAAGUGGCGAGGAUGAGGAUGAGGUGGCACACAAGAAGAAGAAGGUUGUAGUCAUACAGGAGGAGUCAAGCAGCGAGGAAGAGGAGGCGUCUAAGAAGAAGUCGACUUCAACCACAACACCAACCAAGAACAAGGGCAAGAAGAAGGACACAUCCAGCAAGAGCAAAAGUAAGAGCAAGAGCAAGAAGGAAGAAUCAAGCAGCGAUGAGGAGGAGCCACCCAAGCAGAAGAAGGUGGUCGUCAUACAGGAGGAGUCAAGCAGCGAGGAUGAGGCGCCCAAGAAGAAGAAGAAGAAGUCAAUAUCCACAUCAUCCACCAGCAGCUCAAAAGAGUCAAGCAAAAGCAAAAGCAAGAGCAAGAGCAAGAGCAAGAGCAAAAAGGAUGACGACGAAGAGGAGGAGGAGGAGAAGCCACCCGUCCAUCCUAAAAAGGUGGUCGUCAUCCAGGAAGAGUCCAGCAGCGAGGAUGAAGCGCCCAAGAAGUCGACAACCUCAUCCGCCACCGACACCACGACAAACAAGAGAAAGAAGGACGAUGAGGAAGUUGCAGUGAGCAAAGUAUCAUCAAGGGCCAACCCUAAGGAGUCUGACAUGAGCAAGAGCAAGAAGGAGGACACAACUUCCAGCAAAGCAUCGUCAAGCUCCAGCUCCAAGGAGUCAAGUGGCAGCAACAAACGCAAGAAGAGUGAGGCGGAAGAAGAGCCAAUCAAAGAAUCACGCAAGUCCAAGUCAAAGUCCAAGUCAAAGGAGGUCGACCCAAUGGAUAUGUCAUAA